UAAUUUUUUUAAAUAAAAUAUAAAAUAAUAACAUGUGUAACACAUCUUUACAUCCAAGAAAUUUUAGUAAUUUAGUAGAACCAUUAUCAUUUUCUACAUUUCAAUUCUUACGCACACGUAAUCGGUUAAUGAUUCCUAAUGCUGCAGAUUCAACCACAUCGUAUCACAAUUUAAUAAAAAAUACACAAAUUCCACCACAACUAGAUACAAUUUUACCGCACAACUAUGAAAUGGAGAGAACGCCACCAACCUCUCCGAUUUUAGAUGUAAUAGAUAGCUCAACAUUGGAACAAUUACCGACGGAGUUGGAAAAUACAACAAGUUCUUUAAUACAAACAGAAACUAUCUCGAAUAAAUCACAGCAAUUCUUAAAGUCAAUGGAAAAUGACACUAUGAAGCUGCCUUCUAAUGAUAAUACACAUCCCUUGCCCAAUAUAAACGUUUUACCUUUAACAGGAGCUUCAACAACCCUACUAAAUCAUCAGACGACUUUACCAGCAUUUGAGUAUUUGACGCCAGGAGUUCGUAAUAUCAGCCCAGUUGAUUUUCCAUUAAUGGAACUAAAUCGCGUCGGUGGCAUGUUUCCAUCAUUUCUACACCGCCGACCAAGAGGAGAAAAAAGACCAAUACCAGACGAACAAAAAGAUGAUAAAUACUAUGAGAGAAGAAAGCGUAAUAAUGAAGCAGCAAAAAAAUCACGAGAUGCUCGUAAAAUACGUGAAGAUCGUAUUGCAUUUAGAGCGGCAUUUCUGGAGCAAGAAAACUCCUUAUUGAGAGCACAAGUAAUGGCACUAAGAGAUGAAUUACAAACAAUGAGACAAAUAAUUGGAAGAACCAAUUUAAGUCAGAUUUAAAA